CGCCGCUCAGUUGAUCAGAGUCACUCGAACGCGCCGCUGCUCAGCGAUUCGGAAUUGGCGCGAAACAGUAUAAAUUGUAUUAAAAGUUCGACUACAAGCUUUGCACACAUAUCGUAUAUAGUAUAGACGCUCAAAUAUUCACGAGCUGCAUCGGUUUAGUCGGCCUUUAAAAAUGCUCAUGAUGUGAUGUUUGCUGAGAGCUGUGCCCAGUCAGCAGAUCUGCCAUAAUGUGCCACCCAAUCUGCUAAAUAGGAAGGCCAACACAUAACGCUCAGAGAUCCAGGGAAAAAAUCAAUCUGGUUACGUGACUGUUGCGAUAGUUCGCCAUGCAUUUCGGCAAUGAAACGGAAAUGAGCCAAUGUCCCAAUGCGAAACGCAGAGUAACCGAUCCAUUGUCUGGCCCAAAAAACUGCAGCACUUCGUCCACCGACUCGGGUGUCAUACUGAACGAUAAUGCGGCGACAUUUCGCCCGGAGACGGAGACCAAAGAUCGGGGGACGGACAAAGGGCAGUCCCAAUCGAAGUCGGAAGAGAAAACGGAACCCAAGCGUAUCAGCGUUGAGCACACUGUCCAUAUAACAAACGAAAAUGCUGGAAAGACAUCUUCGCCGGCGGUUUCCAUACGGAGCACCACCAUUUCCGUUGUGUCCAUCGAUGAUAAUGCCAUCGAUUCCAGUAGUAUUGCUAGUGAUUCGGAGGCCGAAGCGGAGGAUUAUACCGUCCAGAAGCUGGGUCACCAGGUCACCUACCCGCCCAACAGUUCCCACCUGCGUGACCUCAACCACGGUCUAACGGUGGUCAGUCGCCAUGUGGCGCCAGCUGAGGCGGCAGCCCCGCCUCCCAAUCCCCUGGAAGCUGGCGUUGUGGCCAAGCAAAUACUGAACGGAAAUCUGGCCCUGGCCACGCCCACCUCGGCGCCGGGCGGUGCCACCCAGGGCAUUGGGAGCAUCGCGCUGACCAACUCCACGGAUGUGACCUUCGGUGAUAAGCACUUUUACGAGGGACCCGUGACGAUACAACAGUUUCUCAUCGACAACCGGGACAAGUGGAAACCGGGCGAGGGACCAGCCGGUGGACAGGAUAACCCCGCCUUUAAUGGUGCCGCCACCACGAAUGGAAGUGCGACGGGUUCCAAACAUGACGAUCCGGCGCAAACACCGCCCCUUUGUCCCUUUUUGCCCAACACUGUUGGGCGCAAGGCCGUCACAAUUACAGUGAUUUUCGUAACUCUAACCUUCCUGCUGGGCAUCGUACUGGCCACCACCACAAAUCUCUUCGGCAAGACGUUGAACCAAAGUAAGAUCAAAGAUGAGGACGAGUAUACGCAAAAUAUUCCAAUCAAUUCAACAAUAGAUCUGGACAACAUUGGUGGUGGAUUAAUACUGAGGUUCGUGGAGCGCCAGCAAUGGCUGGCACAGCCGCCACAGAGGGAGAUUCCAGAUCUGGAGCUGCCCGUGAGACUGGUCAUAGCCUUGCCCACCAACUCGGAAAACUGCAGCACCCAGGCGGAGUGUGUGCGUCCAGUUCGACUGCUACAGUCCUUCUUCAUAGAAUCGUUGCAGAAGUCGGAUAUUGCCUACAACUUUCUGAUUGGCGGCGAUGGAAAUGUAUAUGUGGGUCGCGGCUGGGACAAAGUGGGCGCCCACAUGAACAACUCCUUCUUUGACUCCAGGAGUCUAAGCUUCGCCUAUAUCGGAUCCUUUAAGACGCUGCAGCCGUCGGAGAAGCAACUCAGUGUCACUCGUCUCCUGCUGGCACGUGGCGUGAAGCUGGGCAAGAUUGCACCCGACUAUCGAUUUACGGCGAGCAGUAAAUUGAUGCCAACUGUUACCGAUUUUAAGGCGGAUGCGCUGUACAAAAGUUUCGCCAACUGGACUCAUUGGUCGUGAAUAGGUUAAGUUAUGCGCCGCAUCGAUAUUUUUUUAAACUAUCAGUCAUUUUUGUAUUGAUAUUGUAUCAUAGGUGUUCUCGCUUUAAUGUGUGGCAUAUUCGAUUAAGCUAGAAUAAUAGCGGCGAGUUUCGGGGCUUCCCCGAUUAUUAGAAUGUUUUUCAUUGCUUUCGCUUUUUAGUUUUUAUUGAGAGAAAAAUGUAUAUUGUUAUAAACAAAGGACGAUGAAUAAAUAUUAGAGAUGAAGAAA